CGGUUCAACUUUGACAACCAUCACGGACAUUCCUUUCUCUGUGAUUCUUUCAUAAGGAACCAAGCUCAACAGAAAUCCCUCUAGUCUUCUGUGUUAUCCAAAACAUUGUUUAUUCUCUUUGGGACGCCAACAGCGUUUUUCUUCAUGAGCAGAUUACCAUUUAGUCUGGCUCAAAUUCGCUGCCCUGAAGUCUUUGCCAUUCUCGGAGGGUUGUCUGCAUGACUUAUGAUAGCUCUUCUAUGUAUACCACCAGUCUUUUCUUCGAACUGCAUCUCCGCCUCUCUGAUGAUCCGUAAUCUUUUCACCGCGGAUACUACACCCUGGAAUCGUAACUCGUCCCUCUCUCAGCCUACCUGCGUUUCUGAAGAAAAUUGUCUCAACUCCACAACGUCAGCUGCUAUCAUCCACAUUCACCUCCAGCGUGCGCAUUUCAUGGUGGACUUGAUCGAGGGGACAUGCUUACCUCCCGGGUCAUUCUUUGAUAUCGAUGGAUUCUUUGGGCUUUUCCCUCAAGCCAGAUAUGCCGAAUUUGAAGACGGAAAGGCGAAGUUCCUUACCGAUCUUCAAACACUAUGCAAAUUCUGACGCGUAAUACGUAGUCGAUAUACAACUUUCCUCUCAAGGACGUUCUUCCACUGAGCAUGUCCUCAGUGCUUAGCUCCGUGAGUAAAUAUUCACCUCUGGGCGCAAAUGAAUGUCGGCGUCUGCCUUCCCAGUUUGAAGCCGCGAUCGAACACCUGGAGACAGUGGCAGAACUGAACGCUCCAAAGGAUAUUCCACAAACUCAAUGCAUGAUCAUCAAGCUAUUCGGCCGAUACGCAGCCUAUCAUUGACUACUUUACCAACUUUCACGCUUAUGGUUAGUCCGUUGCGAAAGGGCUGGG